UUGAGACACCUCCUUGUCUUUGUUACUUUCAGUUGGCAGAUAUAAGCUUUUCCUCCAAUACGGCUUAACAGUCAGCAGAAUACAUUGAAAGAUGCCGGACUGGGAUUUAUUGGGAAACUACAAGAUACAUUUUCUAUAACUCAUACGUUUAAUCGUCCACCAUCUGUAACAGGGCUCGCUUAGCCAUUGUGAUGAUGGAAUCCGAACAACUCUCCCUGCUGUCCUCCUUGAAAGGAGAGUUGCAGUCUGAGGAUUACAUUCAUCCCCACUAUAAGGAGGCUUAUCGACUUGCUAUCGAUUCCCUGGUGAAUGGUGGCAGAGAGAGCUACCAGGAGCUCCUCAAGGCCGAGCGGAUAGGGAGCUUUCUCUCAGAAGAUGAACUCCACUUCAUCACUACAAAUGCCUCACACCCAUUGCCUAGCAGCCACACAGAAGAAAUCAAUGGACCAGCACUGGACACUCCGGCCAGCAAGUCCUCAACUGGGACGUACUGGCCUGUGCUCUCAGACAUAGUAACACCCGACCUGGAGUUAGGAUGGCCGAUGGUCAUGCAUGAUAAACUCCAAACCAAUAUAGAUCUGCUUUUCCAUCCACCCAGACUAAACAGCCCCACCAUCAAAGAGGUGAUCCGUAAACAGAUUCAGGGUGCCAGACAGGUUAUUGCAAUUGUAAUGGACAUUUUUACAGAUGUGGAUAUAUUCAAAGAAGCGGUUGAUGCCUCCAUCAGAGGAACUCCAGUUUAUGUGCUUCUGGAUGAAUUUCAUCUGCAAAGCUUUCUCUCAAUGGCUGAGAAUCAAGACAUCCAAAUCCCAAAACUUAGGAACAUGAGAGUACGCACAGUGAAGGGGCAGGAUUACAUCUGUCGUUCAGGAGCUACAUUUCAUGGAGCAAUGGAGCAGAGGUUUCUAUUGGUGGACUGCCAAACAGUGGUGUACGGAUCAUACAGCUUCAUGUGGUCCUAUGAGAAAAUCAACCUGAGUAUGGUGCAGGUCAUAACAGGCCAGCUGGUGAAGUCCUAUGACGAGGAGUUUCGAACGCUCUUCGCUCGCUCCUCCAUGCCAGCAGUUCUCGCCCCUCCCGAGGGUGUGCUACUAGAAAGGAAUGGAAGGCAUGCUCUGGCAAAGUAUGCUUCUCAAUCCAGCCAAGCCUUUGAGAGGAAGGACCAGUUGAGACAUACCCUGGACACAGUGUAUAGGAAAGCCUGUGAGAGACAGAUGGGCAUGACGAGCCCUAUCAGAGAGAUGGAGGAGAGACUUUAUGAGGAGGAGCCAUUUCAACACAGACCCAUGGUCAAUCAUGGUGUGAGUGUUCAAAAUCACAUCCAUCAGUUCCAGUCUGCAGAGACGGCAAACUUCCUGAAAAGACACAGUUAUGCUGGGGAGAGACAAGAAGUCUUGCAUGUUCCACACAACACAAGGUAUGGGGCAAGCAACUGGAAUGUGGCUGGAGAUGAAGGUUAUCACUGUGCCCCGGGAAGACUCCACUUUUCCAAUGCUAUGGAUGACAAUUCUCAGGGGGCACAGAUGUACAGAGGUCACAAUAUUCGGCAGUCCUACCACGGAAAUGACAAACACGCCCGCUCCAUGCAGCAGAACAUACCGACUUUGGAGCACACGGCUAAGUCCUUCUUGCGCACAUAUAGGAUAGAGUCUUACCUCAAUAACACUGACACUCCUAUUGGGGAAUCAUGUGAUUAUCUGGACCAGUAUGAAGCUCUGGAAAACAAAGCUAGCUCAUUCAUUCCCUCCAGAGUUAGGUCAUCCCUUGUUUUCAAGUCCACUAUUCCAGAGCAACCGGAGACAAACAUUUACUCAAAAAACUCUUCCAUACGUCAGGUCGAUCUCUCUGCAAGGCAAAACAAUGCACCGCAUUACUCAUCAAUGCAACGGAAUCCAGCAACAUCAAUGGAAAACAGAAUGAGACAGGAUGAGUUUAUAAUGAAGAAGCAAAGUCUGCAAAUUUUGGAUGAUCCCAGGAAUAACAUUGGCUAUGGAAGAGACCCACAUCAGUCUGUCUAUGCCAGCCUGGGCAGAACCAAAGGGGGACUGGUAAUCAAAAACCCUGAGCUCCUCCAAGACAACUGGCACAAAAGGCACAGUGUGGCAGACCCAAAGUCCAACAUAGACUACAGAGACAAUAAAGAGUCCUCCAGUCACAUGUAUGGUGGAGCCUUUGUGAGGAAACAGGCAGAUGGUGGUGGAAUAAGAGUGGGUGCACAGAAUGGAGGAUAUUCUUCAAAUCUGAAUGAGGAUCAGAGAUCUGUCUCUCAAUAUGAUGUCAAAAACACAGUGGGCAUAAAGAGACCACCUCUUUCCAUUUGGAAAGAGCCUCCCUCCAGAACUGUGUCUGCAGCAGCCCUUGAUAUGAACAGCAAAGAGCCCACUUACAAGUCCACCAGUACAGCACUGGGCUCACCUCGUUUCCUCAAGAAGAGCUCCAAGAAAAUCAGAUCGUUGCUCAACAUACCAGAGAAAAAAGAGGGUUCCCAUCUAACCAAGGAAAAUGUCAUUCCAAAAGGGGGUGGUAGCUCAGACACCAUAGUGACUGAGGAAGAAGAACAAAGACCAAACAGAGAGAGGAAGGUUGCAUCGCAGAGUGGCACCGCAAAUCCAACCAGAUCCCCUACCAGGAUAAAGAUGGACAAGAACCACUUUGCAGAUGAUAUAGGUAAAUCAUCAGCCCCUCGUUUCAGCACUGACGAGCUGCAGCAAAACCCUCCUGCCAGAGUUACAUCCAUUAGGACACAGGGGCAGCCUACUGCCAUUGAUGAAAGACAUGAAAGGGCAAGCCUUGCAUCAGGAAACUGGCGUAGCGAUCAGGGGGGCAGUAGUCGUUUGUAUAGCAGAUUUGAGCCUUUCUGCUCAUUUGAGAAGACGCAACCCCACUCUUUACAAUCUGCAACAGCCCCUGCACCCAUACAUGCACCAGAGAAGACCAAGAGCAUGCACUCUGCUAAAAGUAACUCCAACAAUGAACAACACAACCACACUGGCCAGCAGACAACUAGCCACCAUGAAAACAAACUGGGGAAAUUUAUACAAAGAGUAGGGAAUUUCAUUCACAAAAAUAAGUAGUAGAAAAGAAAGUUAGCAUAGUGAACCAAGCUUACUGGUUGAAUGAUGACAUUCAAAAACGCAAUCAAAUUGUUGACAGAUUGGAAACAGUGUACUGCACCAUUAAACUUGAAAACUGUUCACAUGAAUAGCUGACAUCCUUUCAGGUCUAUUUAGAGCAAUGGAAAACUGAUCAUUACUUCAAUUAAAUAUCAAUGUUUUGAUUAUUAGUAACACUUUCUACGAGGCACAAACAUACAAGCAGGGUCUGGGACAAGGUAUCACGGACAGUGAACUCAAGUCAGAGGACCACAGCUGAAGUCAGACCAGCAGAACUGGGUCAGCAGCACAGUCAGGUGAACAGGGGACAGGGACAGCCAGGUAUCGUCAGACCAGGUAUAUAUAUAUAUA